CCCUUCGCCCUUACCCAACUGGAGCUAGACAAGCUAUCCAAGUCAAUACGUGAAGAUCUUCUCGGAACAGAUCAUCCAGUAUUGAGCAAAGCAGCAUCGUAUUUCUUCAAAGCCACUUCCGAUGGUGGCAAAAAGGUCCGACCGAUGAUGGUGCUUUUGCUUUCGCGUGCACUCAACUGGCAGCGCAGCGAUCUUCCCCAAGCACAACGGCGGCUGGCAGAAAUUUCCGAGAUGAUCCACACAGCCAGUCUCUUUCACGAUGAUGUAAUAGACGGCGCGGAAACACGGCGCGGCGCUCCUUCCGUUCACAUGGUGUUUGGCAACAAAAUGGCUAUUUUGGCAGGCGAUUACCUUCUCGCACGCGCUUCUAUUUGUUUGGCCCGAUUACGGAACGUUGAAGUGGUCGAAACCAUGUCCACCAUUAUCGAACAUCUGGUGCGAGGGGAGGUCAUGCAGUUGCGUGGUAGUACAUCAUCGGAGCGUAGUGGCGAACGUCUCGUGUACUACUUGCGCAAGAACUUCUACAAGACGGGCAGUCUCAUGGCCAACUCUUGUAAAAGCGCCGCUUUGUUAGGAGAGUAUCCGAAUGAACUGGUGGACGCCUCGUAUCGAUUUGGCAAACACGUGGGCAUGGCAUUUCAGCUUGUAGACGAUGUUUUGGACUUCGAAGGCUCGUUGUCUUCCCUCGGGAAACCAGCGUUGGCCGACUUGACAGCAGGACUCGCGACAGCACCCGUCCUGUUCGCGGCCGAAGAAUGUUGUGACUUGGAACCGCUCAUUGAUCGCAAGUUCCGAAACACCGGUGAUAUCGAACGGGCCGUCGAGUACGUCUUUCAGUCCUCGGGAAUUGAACGGACCAAAGAGCUGGCUCGUGUACAUGCAGAGAGUGCCAUGGACGCAAUUUUGGAACUGGACUCGUCCCUGCAUCGAGACUCCCUUGUACAUCUCGCCAACAAGGUUGUAGCUCGCACAAAAUAG